AUGUCUAAGAAUGUGAGGGAGUUCGUUCGCCGGAUUUCACUGAAGGAUUUAGAUCAGUAUCCGGAGUGGGAUUUAUCAAAACCUCUACCAAAACUUCCUGUUCCGGAAUUGCGUACAACCCUCACUCGGUACCUUGGCGUGGUGGCUCCAAUUGUUGACGAGGUGACGUUCGAAAGGACACGACGUCUCGUGCGUGACUUCAUUCGUUCAGGUGGUGAAGGUGACGAAAUUCAGGCCCAGCUCAAAGACUAUGCUAAAACACAAAUAAACUGGGCAACCAACGUAUUUCAUAAAAGGAGGUCUCACUUGCUGGCUUUCUCCUGGUGGCUUGACGACAUGUACCUCAAAAAUCCCCUUCCACUGCCACUGAACUCGAACCCUGCCAUGGUCUUCCCUAGACAUCGAUUUAUCAGUGCACGCCAGCAGUUACGAUUUGCUGCGCAGUUAAUCGCAGGAAUACUCGACUACAAAACUAUACUUGAUACGCGAUCACUGCCAAUCGACCGAGUAUCUCACAAUCGAAAGGGCCAGCCACUAUGCAUGGAACAGUAUUAUCGCCUUUUUACUUCCUACCGUUUUCCUGGUGUGGAAUCUGACAAACAGGUGACUCGUGACCUUUCAGAAGUCUCUGAAAAUGCGCACGUCAUUGUUGCAUGCCAUGAUCAGUUUUUCAAGUUGGAGCUACUUUCUCAAGACGGACGACUAGGAGAAGAAGAGAUUUAUAAUCAACUCCGGCGGAUAUCAAAGGACGCCUUGGCGAACCGAGAGAAAGCCUUUCGAGUUGGAGCCCUGACAGCUCUGCCCAGACCUCGGUGGGCCUCUGUUUACGCGCACAUGAAAGCAGAUCCUAUCAACGCAAUGAAUCUGGAUGAAAUUGAAAAGAGCAUGUUCAUUUUGUGCUUGGAUGUCUCCCCUGUACCAGUAAUCGAGUCAGUGGAGGAGGUCGAUUUAACCGAAGACAUUGGCGAGGAAUCUGACGCAAAUACGUCCCAAACACCGCAAGAUAGAGACGAUGCUUUUCUUGUUGAACAAAUGCUUCAUGGACACGGCAGCAAGUUUAACGGUGCCAACAGAUGGUACGAUAAAACUAUGCAGUUCAUCAUAUCACGAGAUGGAAAUUGUGGUCUAAACUACGAGCACUCGGUUGCAGAGGGAGUCGCAGUUAUCCGUCUUAUUGAGUACAUACUGAAAUAUAUGCAUGAGGUUAAGCGUUGGCAAUUUGUUCGACACACAUCAAUCUGCUCUCUGCCAGAGCCAGUAAAGCUGAAAUGGAACAUUGACGAGACGAUCAGAGACGCAAUCACAGAAGCCCUAAAGGAGAUAGACAGAUUAACUGAGGAUUUGGAUCUAUGUGUGCUGCGAUUUAACAAAUUCGGCCGCGAUUUUCCAAAAACAGUCAACAUGAGCCCGGACUCUUUUAUCCAACUUGCACUCCAAUUAGCUCAUUUCAAGCUACACGGUUAUCUAGUGGCAACUUAUGAAAGUGCGUCAACUAGAAGAUUUCAGCUUGGCCGGGUGGACAACAUUCGAGCAUCUUCAGUUCCGGCACUAAAAUGGUGUCGUGCAAUGACUGGAACUCGAAACUCACACACGCCUGAGGAUCAACUGCGUUUGCUUCGCGCAGCCAUGGACUGGCAGACAGAAGUGAUGCUGGAAACUAUCCUUGGUUAUGGAGUCGAUAUUCAUUUGCUCGGAUUGCAAAAGACGGCCCUUAUGAUGGGAAAGCCGAUGCCCACCAUAUUUGAGGACCCAACUUACAAGAAAGCAAACUGGUUCCGUCUCUCUACGAGCCAGGUUCCGACCACUAUGGAUACUUUUAUGUGCUAUGGCGCCGUGGUACCAGACGGUUAUGGCGCUGCAUACAACCCACACCCAGACAAUAUCGUGACUGUGAUCAGUUGCUGGAAACGUGAUCAAAAUACGAACGCCGUUCAGUUUGCUAGGCUCCUCGAAGAGUCUUUCAUUGAAAUGCAUGACCUUAUUAUGUCCAAUCCAGAGUUGGCCAGACAGAAGUCACUGGAGCCAACUCAGUGGACAAUUCCAGAAGAAAUGACUGGCGUAGCUGGAAAUUAA